AGGAAGUUUCUGAAGUCCUUAAGCUUUUGCAACCGAAGAACUUUGAAGAAAAAUUGUUUGACAGAAGAAGGUUGCUAAGAAAUUCAAAAAAGAUGAAACCAUCUAGUUAGGCAAUUACUGAAAGAAGUGGUGAGAACAACAUUUGAAUAUUUUCAACUGCUUGGAAGGCUGGGAAGAGCGUGAAACUUUAUUUUUCGUUAUUUUUGGUUUUCAUUUGGGGUGGAUUGUUCAGCUUUUCGGGAGAACAAGUGUUUUCUGCAAAAUGUAUCUAGACGAAGCUGCUAUGGCGAAACUUUACCUUUCCGUGAUCAAGUGUCUUAACAAUGAUAGUUUAGUAAUGUUGGACUGGAAAUAUUCUGAUAGGAAAAAUAUGGAAGGGGUCGAUAUUCAAGGAUACAUUCUCACUCAAUAGGUGGACUUGGGAGUGCCAAAAAGAAGUAUAGCCAUGCAACCAUUGUAAGACUCUUACUUGAGUCUAGACGCUUUCCAAAUCUGCUCAUGAUGGAUGAGUAUCACGAGUUUUUUCUCUACGGGAAAGAGAACGUUUUGCUUGGAUCAAGUUGGAUCUUUAUGACUUGUGUCACUUUCUGAGUUAUUAUAUUGGAAUAUUGAAUCUUCCUUUGAGUUCUUGUAGAGUUUUUUUAACUGGUAACCAACAUCAUGUAUUGGUUGAGUUUUGUGCUCGUUUGCCAUCUACUGCAUUACUUCCGUCCUCAUCGGGCUUCGAAUGGCAUCCGAUCCAACGUUUAUAAGGAGUUUCAUUUUGGAACGAAGUUACCUCUCAGUGGCUCAAGAUUGCUCUAUGCCUCUUCUUUUGCUAGUUGCUGUUUAUUUCAUUUUUCAAAACGAACCACUCUCAGCUAUGGGGAUAGUCUUAUAACAGAUUCGCGGAGGGCUUUGCCAUACUUUGAAAUGCAUUGUGAGUUGUUCUUUAAAAAGAAGAGGUCGAAGCCUUUUUAUGCUAGUAUUUUGCAGGGUUUCAUGAAAUCUUUUGAGUUCAAGAACAAACUAUUUUGAAGGGUAUUGAUGUUGAUACUACAAGACAAUUGUUUUUUUUUCACUUUGCCAGAAUGAUUGAAUUUAGAAUUAUCAUUUGGUUUUGUGCUAUUGUGUUGUUGCGCUUUGUGAAUGCAAGUUUGAUAAAGAUGUUGUAUCUUUGUUUCUGUGAAAUUAGUUGAGUAAGAAAUUAUGUUCCACCCUGCCAUCUGCUUGGCUAAAUCCAUUUCAAAUUCUGAAGCUUGGUUAAUGUACUCAGUUUUGUUAUGUUUCCUACUUUUUUGUGAAGAUAACAAGUGCAAAUAAGUCUUUAAAAGGCAAUUCAAUCCGAUGAAAAUGACACAAUUCAUAGGUUAUCUUUUUAAGAUUCUCAAUCUCCCAAGUAAGAAGUAGGGAUGUAGAAACUUUAGGUUACUUUGUGCGGGUGUUGUGCAUCCUCCCGAGUCUGAAUUUCUCCACUAUUCAUUUAUUUUGUCAAAUGAGGAUCUGAACUAAGGAAACGACGUGGUUCAGUAUUCUGUUCGACUGUCAUAAUGAACUACACAACUCUAUAGAAGAGAUUUCACAGUUUAUUAAAAGGAAACAUCUUUUUAUGGAGUUGACAAAAAGGAUUUCGUUGAGCAACUUCCAAUCAUUCUACAUGAAAUAAAGUCUGAUCAUAUAUUUUGUAAUAAAAUGGAUUGAUUACUU